AUGGACUUGGGUGUCUUGGGCCUGCCAGGUGCCCCCCAGCGUCGCAGCAAGACCCUGCUGGGGGCGCAGAGCAGGGGCCCGGCCAUGCGUCGGCAGCGGGAGUUCCUGCCGGAAGAGAAGAAGGACACGGUUUACUGGGAAAAGCGGAGGAAGAACAACGAAGCAGCCAAGAGGUCCCGGGAGAAGCGGCGCCUCAAUGACGCGGCCCUGGAGCGUAGGCUGGCCGCCGUGCUGCAGGAGAACGCACUGCUCAGGGCUGAGCUGGGAGCACUCAAGCACCACUUCGGCCUCCUGGCCCCCGCUGGUAGCACCCAGAGCCUGCCCUGGCAGGCUCUACUGUGGGCGACCCCCUGGACUGGAGACCCCCUCUCUGGGGCCGAGCCACUCCCAUCUCUGCCGGGCUCCCCCGGCUGCAUCUUGAGGCCCUGUUCCCUGGACGCUGGGGUCCCAGGAUGCCAGGGCUGCCAAGUUGCUCAAAGGUGGACUGGCCUGGCCACUUCCUCCAGGUUCCCCCAGGACCCCGCCGCCCCUGACCCCAAGAGAAUGGAUAUGGCCUUGCAAGCUGCCCUCCCAGCCACCUUCUUCAGCUGUCACCUCCUGGGUGGACACGGGGGGCCCAGAUCUGAGCUCAGGCCCUGCUGGGGACUCUGGUCUCCUGUGCCCACUGGUUGCCAGGCCUCAGGGCCCUCAGAUAUGCUACUGACACCCACGGUUGAUCCCAUGGGGCUGCCUCCCCGGGUGGCCUGCCCUGUCCCAGGGAAUCAUCCUGAGGGUCUGGCUCAGCCCUGCCUGCCCCACAAACUGCGCAUCAAGUCCCGAGCCGCCAGCAGAGCAGCUGGAGGCUGCAAGGGUGGCCAGGAAGCCUCCUGA